CGCAUCUUACACUAUUCGUCGUAGUUUACACUGUAUAUUUACUUCCCAUGUGCGUGCUUAACAUAUGAUUAGACAGCUUCGAAAAAAGAGUCAGCAGAGAAUCGGAAAGCAUUCGCCUGUAAUGCACAUUUGAUUCAAUUCUCUGAAUCUUCAUCUGGAACAAGGAUGGCCGGAAAAGAAGCAGAUAACUCCACACCGUUAGUUGCCAAAGAAACUGAAUUAUAUAUGAAGAGAUGGCUAGUGGCAUGUUUACUGUUUUUAAGUGGAUUCUUGGUCCAGUUCGCGUGGCAUUUUUUUGGAGUUAUUAACGAAACUUUGUCAGAACACUUCGGAGUUUCUCAAAAAACCAUAGAUUGGCUAACAUUAAGUGCUGGCGUCGGAGAAGUUAUAGCAGGACCAGUUAUUGGAUAUCUAUUUUCUUUAAAACCCACUGUCGUGAAAAUAUGGUAUGUUGGUACGACAAGCGUACUCACUGUAACAUUCGCCAUAUGUGCCUUUGUAAUUUACGUUGGGAAAUAUGUUUUUAUUUGCAUUGUAGCAGAGGUUGCGGUUGGUUUUGUAUGUGCCGUGUUCUAUGCUUUAGGGCCGGUGACUGCGACGGUUUGGUUUGGAGAAAUGGAGCAAGCGACUGUUUUGGGUAUUGGUUGGUUCGCAACCAUGGCCGCCGUGAUUGUCGCCUCCUCGAUGCCAGUUGUAUUGUUUGGUGAAAAUAUCGAUUUAUCAGACAAGAUGAACCGUGUUGCAUUAUUGCUACUGGCAAUGUCUAUACUGGGCGGUAUUUCUUCACUGAUUGUAUGCUUGGUUAUACCAAAUUUGCCGAAACUUCCUCCAUCUCACGCUGAACUACAAAGAUUAUCAAUAGCAAAAAGAGCUGACCAAGAUAACUACAAAACAACAUUACUGCGCUUUGCAAAGGAAACAAAAUACGUCAUUACGGACAGAACAAGUUUUACACUAGUCCUGAUGUUUUCCAUAAUCGAAGGUGUUUUUGUUUCUGAAUAUAUGCUUGUACCAGCAAACGAAUCAGAGUUAAAAUUGGGGAACAGCACCUUGUUGUCUGACGAUGCCACUGACAUAUCCGUUAAUAGAGGUUUUGUUCUGACAUCGUAUUCUAUCGGCGGGAUCGUUGGCUCUAUUGGAAUGGGCGUCAUAGUAGAUAGAUUGAAAUCCUACAAUCCAGUUGCCAAUAUAAUAAGUUUUUCCAUUUGUGUUAACGUAGUUUUGGCAAUGCUGACAUUCAUAUAUAAUAUUAAAGUACUGGAAUAUAUCAGUAACUUCAUGUACGGACUGUCAAUGAUGUCGUUCUAUCCUUUCAUACAAGAGAUGUUAAAGCAACAUGUAUACCCCACGGUACAAGAAUCUACGCAGGGGAUUUUAGUUUCGUUAAUAGGAAGUGUUUUUUGUGUACUGCUCCCUAUUAUUAUUCGUGCAGUAAUGACACAAUUUGGAAAAUUGCAAUUCUACGUCAUUGUUCUUAUUCUUUUCAUCAUUAUCCAAAUACUUACUGUCAGCAUCAAACCGGAGAUGAAAAGAUUUAAAUACGAGAAUGAAGCAAUUGAUGGAAAUAAAAAAUAGCAUCAACUGGAGAAACAAUCGCAAAACACAAUUAUAUCUGACAUCAAGCACUGAAAGAAACAGUGCGGCUAAACUAUUCGAUUUGAAUUAAGCGUUUUAAACUUCGAUCAACUGUGCCUAUUGCCAAAACGGACGGUUGAUGUUGUUGAUUAUAGUCCACCUAAUUGCAUACUUCAUAAGGUAUGGCAUUUCAGAAUUCUGGCAUCUAUUUUAUUUAACAACUCUCAUUUCAACGUAAUGCAUAAUAUCAUACUUAAAUGUAAAAUUCGCACUAUAUAUUCGAUGUCGUUCUCUUUGGGGUUCAUGUAAUGCAAUGGGAUGUGCAAUCUUUUACUACAGCCGGCUACAUUACGUUUUUGCUCAAGGAGUAGGGCCACCAAGCGCGAAAUCGUCUUUUUAUGGGUUAGGUUAGGCUUUUUAAAUAAUUCGAUUUUCCUAAUAUAUUGCAUUUAUAUGUUGCCCGAACGUUUAAUGAUAUGUUGAAAUUAUAUAUAUAUAACGAAUUUACUGAAUAAGAGUUGAGUUCAGUUGUGGCAAUUAA